ACAGCAGGAAGUGAAGAGGAGACAGCAGGAAGUGAAGAGGAGGCAGCAGGAAGCGCUGACAUAUCGGUGUCUAACAGACGGGCAAGAUGGCGGGCUGAGCAUUCCUACUAGCACAGCAGCGGGUUUCCCGAGGGGUCCUCGUCGUCACAGUAUUACACACGUGUUGAGCAACCAUGGCGGACCUUCAGAUGAAGCUGCUCCGAAAGAAAAUUCAGAAAAGGACCGAAAAGAACCGGGAGAGAAAACAGAAGAGGACACAGCCGGAAGAAGUGGAGGCAGGGGGGUCCAACAGGCCAGAUGAGGAAGGCUGGGAGGAACCAGCUGCUGAUGCUGGUCCAACAGAACCAGAGCGGAACCAGCAGAACCCGGCUGAGGAAGAGGAAGCAGAAGAAACUCCUCUGAAGAAACAGAAGAAGAGGAAGAAGAAGAGGAAGCUGGCAGACGGAGACGCAGUCUCAGCUCAGAAGAAGAUCAGGACUGAGGAAGAGGAUGGGUUGGACAUUAAUGAUGAAGCAGUAGAGGAAGAGGAGCCUGAACUACCCACAGGACUGACAGGCGCUUUCGAGGACACCUCGUUCGCCUCUCUCACCGGCCUGGUCGGCGACCACCUCCUGAGGGCGAUCAAGGAGAUGGGCUUCGAUCACAUGACCGAGAUCCAGCACAAAACCAUCCGCCCCCUGCUGGAGGGAAGAGACAUCCUGGCUGCUGCUAAAACUGGCAGCGGGAAAACGUUGGCCUUCCUCAUCCCGUCCAUCGAGCUCAUCAACAAGCUCAAGUUCAUGCCCAGGAACGGUACCGGCGUGGUGAUCCUGUCUCCGACACGGGAGCUGGCCAUGCAGACGUACGGCGUGUUGAAGGAGCUGAUGGCGCACGACGUCCACACCUUCGGCCUCAUCAUGGGCGGCAGCAACCGCUCCGCCGAGGCCCAGCGGCUCGCCAACGGCGUCAACAUCAUGGUGGCCACGCCCGGCCGCCUGCUGGACCACCUGCAGAACACGCCGGGCUUCAUGUUUAAGAACCUGCAGUGUCUGAUCAUCGAUGAGGCCGAUCGGAUCCUGGAGGUCGGCUUCGAGGAGGAGCUGAAGCAGAUCAUCAAGCUGCUGCCCAAGAAGAGGCAGACGAUGCUGUUCUCGGCCACCCAGACGCGCAGGGUGGAAGACCUGGCCCGGAUCUCCCUGAAGAAGGAGCCGCUGUACGUGGGCGUGGACGACCACAAGGACAGCGCCACCGUGGACGGGCUGGAGCAGGGCUACGUGGUGUGCCCGUCGGAGAAGCGCUUCCUGCUGCUGUUCACCUUCCUGAAGAAGAACCGCAGGAAGAAGCUGAUGGUGUUCUUCUCCUCCUGCAUGUCGGUCAAGUUCCACUACGAGCUUCUCAACUACAUCGACCUCCCGGUCAUGGCCAUCCACGGCAAACAGAAGCAGACCAAGCGGACCACCACCUUCUUCCAGUUCUGUAACGCCGACUCCGGCAUCCUGCUGUGCACCGACGUGGCGGCGCGCGGCCUCGACAUCCCCGAGGUCGACUGGAUCGUCCAGUACGACCCGCCGGACGACCCCAAGGAGUACAUCCAUCGGGUCGGCAGAACCGCCAGAGGCAUCGACGGCCGCGGCCACGCCCUGCUCAUCCUGCGACCCCAGGAGCUGGGCUUCCUGCGCUUUCUGAAGCAGGCCAAGGUCCCGCUGAGCGAGUUUGAGUUCUCCUGGAGCAAGAUCUCCGACAUCCAGUCUCAGCUGGAGAAACUGAUAGAGAAGAACUACUACCUGCACAAGUCGGCCCAGGAGGCCUACAAGUCGUACGUCCGGGCCUACGACUCUCACUCUCUGAAGCAGAUCUACAGCGUCGAUACGCUGAACCUCCCCAUGGUGGCGCUGUCCUUUGGAUUCACCGUACCGCCCUACGUUGACCUCAACGUUCACAGCAGCAAAGGCCUGAAGCUGCAGAAGCGCGGCGGCGGCGGCGGCUUCGGCUACCAGAAGGCCAAGAACGUCAGGAAGUCCCGGAUCUUCAAACACGUCAGCAGAGGGCCGAGCGACCGCCGGCAGUUCUCCCGCUGAACGGAGCGGAGCGCCCCCUGCUGUUAAUGUCCUGUAAAACUCAACAUUUCUAAUAAAGGAAACAAAGAUC